UAGAAAUGUCGUUCAAAGUACGUUCAGUCUUCACGAGGUCUGGAAUUGUCGGUGAUUUGUUAAAUUGUAUUUUAUGCAAUAAAGAAAUCAAAAACAGUACUGUACAAGGAUAUUAAAAUUCAUCAACAUGGAACGAUAUAUUUUCAGUAUUUUCAUGCUGUAUUUAAAGAUCGCUAGAGUUCACUUACUGAACUCACAAAACGUCACGGUGAAUAAUGUGACUACGAAGGAGGGUGAAAGUGCCAUAUUUGUUUGCGGACAGACAGGAAAUAAUACUGACUACAAAUGGUAUAAAAAUGAAAAAGAAAUUUUAGGGGAGGAUAGGCGCGUCACCAUAUCGCAAGAAGGGAAACUAUCUAUCGAUCGCCUAAAAUUGCAAGACAUCGGCUGGUAUGCAUGUGAAAAGGAAAGCAAAAUUCAAACAAAAUGGUUUCUUUUGGUAAACACGGUUGGCUGCUACAGGAAUACAUUAGGACGGUUUUAUACUGGCAAAGUGAACGUGACAAUCUCGGGUCGAAUUUGCCAGCCCUGGGGUUCACAGAUUCCACAUAAUCAUAAGUUUGGCUGGCUUUAUACUGAGGAGAACUAUUGUCGUAAUCCGGACGACGAAUCAGUGGGCCCGUGGUGCUACACUAUGGACAAAGAGAAGCGGUGGGAAAGCUGUGGCAUUCAAUUAUGCA